UAAAGUGCGAAUAACAACAGCUGCUGACAAUGGUUGCGGAAGCUUGGGAAUAUGAUGAGCAGCGGAAAAUUUGGUGGGGGCCCCCACGUGUUGAUAAUAGUAACGAAGUUGAUUAUCAGAAAUCAUUCGGAGAGCAAUUACUAAGUAAAAUGCAAAUAAAUGCCGAAAGAAUUUGUCAGAUUUCCGAUACGGAAAAUAUAUCUUUAACACAUGGAGAAGUUUUGCAAUAUGGUAUCAGCAUAGCAAAUUUUAUACGUUCCCAUAAUUUUACACAUAACGAUGUAGUGGGCUUGAUAGCAAAAAAUUCAGCUUUUGUUCUUCCUAUUGCUAUAGGUUGUUGGUUAAAUUGUACGCCAUUACAUCCCAUUUACAACCAAAGUGAUAAAAGUGUUAUAUCUCAUCUUUUUGGUAUGACUCGUCCGAAAAUCAUAUUUUGUGACGCUGCUGACUACGAACAACUUUCUUUGGCUUUAGAGGAUCUUAAAUUGAAGUCACUGGUAUUAAUAAUUGAUGAUGAAAUAGCAGAAGUGCAAAGACUUCAUGAGAUAUUUAAAAACCACACAGAAAUAAACAAUUUUGUACCUUCCAAACUUGUACUUGGACCUGCACAAACAAUGUUAUAUAUGUGCUCUUCUGGUACAACGGGGUUUCCAAAAACUAUGCAUUUUUCAAAUCAACAAAUUCUUCGUUUAUAUAAUAUAGGCGAUCAGAAAGAAGUUUUGUUCAGUUUCAGCAACCUUAAUUGGAUAACAGGUCUCAUUAUAGUAGUAAAUACAUUACUAUCGGGCAGUACACGUAUAAUUACUUCGACGGGUACAAAUGCUGAAGUAGCCUAUAAUUUGAUAGAAAAAUAUAAAAUAUCGAUGAUGGUUACCACACCAAGUCAAUUAGCACAAAUUGUUAAAAGUUAUUCAGACGGAGACAGAAAUAUAAAGUCAUUGAAAUUACUAAUGUGUGGUGGUGGCAUAGUGCCAGUGCCAAUUAUAGAACAAACUCUUAAAAUAUUGAAUAAACAACAAAUAUUGACAAUACUGUAUGGGGCUUCAGAAUGGGGUAUAACAUCCACAAAUAAAAAUUUCAAUAAGCCCAAAUCAGCUGGUAAGCUAUUACCUGGUUAUAGUGUAAAAGUUGUCAAUGAAGAUGGAAAAGAGUUGGGCAUUGGCGAAGUUGGUGAAUUUCUUAUACAGAAUAGUACUGACUGGCAUGGGUAUUUGCAUAACGAAGCAGAAACUGCUGGAAUGCUUGAUAAGCAGGGAUGGUUUCACACAGGUGAUUUGGGUUAUUUUGAUGAAGAUGCUUAUUUAUAUAUAGUGGAUCGUAAAAAAGACGUUAUGAAAUAUCGAGGUGUGGACUAUAGACCAAGUGAAAUUGAAGGUUGUAUUGCUGAAUUGUCCGAUGUUGUUGAAAGCUGUGUUUUCAGUAGCUAUGAUGCAGUCGAUAUGGAUCGUGCAACUGCUGCAGUGAUAGUUAAAAAUGGUAGUCAGCUUAGUGAGUUAGAUAUAAGAGAGCAUGUAGCAAAAAGAUUACAGGAACGUAUGCAUUUACAUGGGGGUGUUUAUAUAGUGGAUAGCUUGCCAAAAACUACAACUGGCAAGAAUGUACGAAGAAAAGCUAAAGAAAUGAUAAAGGCGUUAAGGACACAUAAAAACUCAGACGUAUAAAAGCAAUAUUAUAAAAUUAAGAUGACUAGCAAUGUUUAUAAUGUGAUA